AUGAAAUUGCAAAUUUUUUGUGUUUGUAUUGAUUGACGCAUGUGAUUUCUUUCCCCCCCAAAACAACAGAGGUUUCAAAAAAAAAAAUAAAGCAAUGGAUAAUGACAUGGAGAACAACCGUGGGCCUCAGCCUGGCGCUGAGACAGUCUAUGGCACCGAAGACAACAAUAUGGUCAUGUCCGAAAAGAAUGAAGAGGUUGUGAGCAUCGUACAACAAUUGGCUGGUAGUAUUUAUCAGGAAUUCGAACGCAUGAUAAAUCGUUAUGAUGAGGAUGUAGUCAAAAAUCUGAUGCCACUUUUAGUGAAUGUACUCGAAUGCUUAGAUGCUUCAUAUAGAAUAAAUCAAGAACAAGAUGUGGAAUUGGAAUUAUUACGUGAAGAUAAUGAACAGUUGGUAACGCAAUACGAACGUGAAAAGGGUGCACGAAAACAGUCCGAACAAAAGCUUCUCGAGGCGGAAGACUUAGCAGAACAGGAAAACAAAGAUCUAGCAAGCCGUUUGGAAUCAUUAGAGAGUAUAGUGCGCAUGCUUGAACUCAAACAUAAAAACAGUUUAGAACAUGCCAGUCGUCUGGAGGAACGUGAAUCGGAACUUAAGAAGGAAUACAAUAAACUCCAUGAACGAUAUACAGAGCUGUUUAAAAAUCAUGUGGACUAUAUGGAACGUACGAAAAUGCUCAUGGGCUCAACGCAUUCGCAAAUGAGUUCGGCUUCAGAACGUCUGGAAGUUAACAGAGCCAGGUUAAAUCCAAUUGCUCGAUCUUCUGGCCCAGUUUCUUAUGGUUUUGCUUCUUUGGAAAAUUCUGUUAUGUUAGACACAGAAACUAUAUGCAGUAAUUCAGAUGAUUCAGGACCUCCUUCACUACAAAAUGAAUUGGAACAACUACAAACGAUGGAACGUUCAGCUGAAACGGAUGCACUACAACAACAAAAUCAAGCUACUUCACCGCAGAGCGAUAUAAGUCCUGUUGUGCCAAAUAUACCAACAAAUGUUGGUCGGUCAACUACCAAAAAGGAGCAACGCUCUGCAAAUACAUUGUACCAAGAGUUAUCCUUUCAAGAUAACGAAGAAAGUGAGGAGCAUGAAGUUGUUACAGGAAGCUGGGUACACCCUGGAGAAUAUGCAUCUUCAGCUAAUGACAACUUUUUUGGAAUGGGCAAAGAAGUGGAGAAUCUUAUAAUGGAGAACAAUGAACUUUUAGCUACAAAGAAUGCGCUCAAUAUUGUUAAAGAUGACUUGAUUGUGAAAGUCGAUGAACUUACAGGAGAAAUUGAGAUUUUGCGCGAAGAAUUGAAUGCCAUGCAACAAUCACGUAACAAGUUACGUCAAAAAGUUAGUGAACUUGAAGACGAACUCAAGAAAACCAAAGAACAAGUCAAACAACAAGCUGACACAGAACAGGAUGAAAAUGAUGUACCUUUGGCACAACGUAAAAGAUUUACACGUGUUGAAAUGGCCAUGGUGCUUAUGGAACGUAAUCAGUAUAAGGAACGUUUAAUGGAGCUACAAGAAGCUGUACGUCUAACCGAAUUAUUACGUGCCUCACGUACUGUUGAAAAUUUAGAUAAAAAAUCUAAACAAAGUAUUUGGAAAUACUUCAGUAGUCUAUUUACCCCCUCCAAUCGCCCACAAGAGCGUGUCGCUGAUGGGCAGGGAGGGGGGCCUAUGUUUCGUUACUCAAGCCCCUCACACAGUCACGGAUCCCCCAGUCGAAAUAGCGACAAUCGCCUUGCCUUAACUGGACGGGAUGGCCUAAAUCCUCCACCACAUCCUGCCAGUGCUGGUUUAGCAAAUGCACUUAUUAUAGCAAAAGAUUACUCUGAUGAAGGUACAUCAGAGCGGGCCAGUGCGCGAAGGCGAGAGCAAUAUCGACAGCUGCGUGCACAUGUACAAAAAGAAGAUGGUCGCUUGCAAGCUUAUGGCUGGAGUUUACCUAUAAAUAAAUCAUCACAAGAACCACCUAAUCGACAUUCUGGCGGAGUACCAGUGCCUGUCUAUUGUAAUCCACUUGCGGAAGCAUCGCCGCAUAUGAAAGUCUUCUGUGCUGCAGGUGUUAAUCUGAAUGGUGGUUUUACUAAAGAUGGCCAGUCGGUUAUACCUGCGACAUCACCUUACGCUCCGCGUAGUACAGCUAAAAUCGCCGAAAUCACUAGCCCUACAGCUGAGCAUUCAGCAGAAGCGUUAGAUCGACAAAUAAAUCGAGCUAGUUUAGAAAAUUUAGAACCAGAAACACAGCUUACAUCCUAUAUAUGGAUUUGUACCAGCACACAUGCAGCAAGUACCGUUACAGUCGUUGAUGCAAAUCAAUCUGCUAAUGUUUUAGACGUUUUCCCAGUUUGUACAUCACAUUUGUUAUGCAUAGCAUCAGUGCAAGGUGCUAUGGAAAAAGAUUAUGCAUUACUAGAAAACUCUGAAGUUAUAAAAGCAGGUGAAAUGCUAGAAAGACCUGGUGAAGGUACCGAGUUAUUUGGAAAAGUUGAAUUUAUACGUGUACGUCCAAAAUCAGAUAAAAAUAGUAACACCAAAGAUUUUAAUGCUGAUGAGCAGGCGCAGGAAGUUACAGCGGAGAAUGCAGUUGAAGAAAAAGCAAAAGAGGCUACAGAGAAAUCUAAUCUACAAAAUGGUAUUGCAGAACCUUUAGGUAAUGUGCAAGAAAUUAAAAUACGACAUGCAUUGCCUGGUGCACCACAGCGUUUACACACACAAGAUAAUACUAUUGUUACAGCUACUAAUAAUACAAAUAAUAAUAAUGCCACCGCUCAGCUGCCAUUCUCCAAACCCAUUAAUCCAGUACUCGGUACAAAGGAUCGAUUAGAGCCCCCCAUGAGUUCAGUUGGUCCGACAAUGUGGUUAGGUGCACAAGAUGGUUCACUGUAUGUGCAUAGUGCUGUUGGUCGUUGGUAUGAAUGCCUGCAUAAGGUUCUCCUGCCCGAUGCCGUCCUUGCGAUAGUUCAUGUCGAAUCGCGCGUUGUUGUGGCCCUUGCUAAUGCACAACUUGCAGUAUUUCGCCGACAAACAGACGGCCAAUGGGAUCUGAAUAGUUAUCACCUAGUUACGCUCGGUGAUCGUAAUCAUUCGAUACGUUGUCUCUGUGUGGCUGGCGAACGUAUUUGGGCUGCACAUCGCAAUAAAAUCUACAUUGUAGAUCCGAUCUCAUUGAAUAUUGUACAUUCGCUUGAGGCGCAUCCGCGUAAGGAGAGCCAAGUACGGCAAAUGGCUGCAACAGGUUCCGGUGUGUGGGUUUCAAUACGUUUGGACUCUACACUGCGGCUUUAUAACACAUACACUUUCGAACACAAACAAGAUGUAGAUAUUGAACCUUAUGUUUCGAAAAUGCUCGGUACUGGCAAAUUAGGCUUUUCCUUUGUGCGUAUAACAGCAUUGAUGGUAUCUUGCAAUCGCUUAUGGAUUGGUACUAGCAAUGGUGUUAUUAUAUCUGUGCCAUUAUCCGAAAAUCUCAAUAAAUCUUCUGAUCCAAGUAGUCAAAUACCUCUAUGUUGUAUGGCUAAUGCUCAACUUUCAUUUCAUGGGCACCGAGAUGCUGUAAAAUUUUUCGUUUCUGUCCCAAUGCAACAACAAAUUGGAAAUCAAUUACAAUUCACAAAUAAACGACCUGAUAUGCUGGUCAUGUGUGGUGGCGAAGGAUACAUAGAUUUCCGAACAGAUGACAAUGAAAUGGAAAAUAGUAUUCAUCUGGAACCAAAUCAAACAAUUAAGAAUCGUUGCGAUAAAAGUUAUUUAAUUGUGUGGCAUGUUAGUCAACGUUAGUUUUAAAAUAUUUUAUAUAUAAUUUUAAUUCUUUACAAUUAACUAUAUAUAUAGUUAGCUUAGUAAAUAGUUAACGUGAGUAAUAUUACUUUAAGUUUAAGAUAGAUAAUUUAAAUCAUUGCAACUAAAUCCGUGCACUCAGCUGUAAUAGAUUGACUUAAAUUAUCUGUGUAUAUGUUAUAGUUUUUUUUUUAAUUCUAGACAAAUCAAUUUUUUUUAAAACUUUAAAUUAAUAUACAAAUUUGUGCGUAUAACAAAAUUAAUAUAAGUGA